AUGGCAUCAAAGAUUCUGAUUGUGGAAGAUGAGCCUGAUAUUGUUGAAUUAUUAGUGUACAAUUUGGACCAAGCGGGCUUUAAGACUGAGGCAGUCUUUAACGGGGCAGACGCCCUUGACCGGGUAAAAGUCCAAGCACCGGAUCUCGUCCUCUUGGAUCUAUUGCUGCCCGAGGUGGACGGACUGGAGGUCUGCCGCACCUUAAAACGCGAUCCUGAGACUGCAAGCAUUCCCAUUAUUAUGCUAACGGCAAAAGGUGAAGCAAUUGACCGAAUUGUUGGGUUGGAGUUAGCAGCAGACGACUACAUCACCAAGCCAUUUAGCCCACGAGAAGUUAUGCUGAGAAUCCGUGCCGUGCUGCGUCACACACUCAACGCUCCGCGCAAUAAGCCUUUAAAUCAGAUCCAGAUUGACGAGUUGAAGAUUGAUUUGGACAGACACCAAGUAUUCAGCAAUGGCAGUGUUAUUGAUCUGACUGCCACAGAGUUCAAAAUUUUGUCCCUAUUUGCUCACUCCCCGGGACGUGUCUUUACGCGCAGCAUUCUGAUGGAUGCGGUUUGGGGACAAGAGUAUUACGGCAUUGAACGCACGAUGGAUACGCAUGUAAGUCGUUUGCGGCGCAAGUUGGGACAGUUCGGAGAACGGAUUGAGACAGUACAUGGGGUCGGCUAUCGGCUCAAGGAGUAA